UACGUUUGGCUUUAAACGUAUUUUAUACGAUUUCAGUGGUGACAAAAAAUUUUAAAAAAAUAUAUAGAUUGUUGAAGAAUUUAUUGGCCACGUGGUUUUGUUUUAUUUUCUUGACGCAAAAAAUAAGUUUUAAUUCAGGUUUUGUUAAAAUUUUAAGAAGUGAAAUAUAACACCUGGUGAUUAGGCUUUAUAAAGAAAUUAGUGAAUCAUCGCUUAAAUUAUUAUAUCGAUUUUCUUUGUGUUUAAAAUUGGAAUCGAGGUAACACGGAAGAAAGAAGCUUAUAAAAAAAACAAGUUGGAGGUCGGAUGAUGGAUAAUAAUGAUUAAUAAUAAUAAUGAAUUUUUUGCUAUUUCUUUAUCUAAACAUCUUGCUCUCGACCGUUACGUUAAUUGAAACCACCAGGGUUAAUAAGUAUUUGCAUCAAGAACAUGAAGUCUAUAAAGUGGAACAUGAAAUAUCCACAACCCAGGCGAAGAAUCAUGCUUUGACAAUGGAUUUAAACGAUAUAAUUGAACCUGCAGGAUGUCAACCGUGUACAAAAUCCGAAUUAUCUUAUUGCACCAGUUCUAGUAUUAUAAAUGACCAUUGUUGUUGUGAGAAAAGAUUUGAAGAAAGCUUUCCUUUCAUCCCACAUACUUGUUUCGUUGGAAAUAAAUUAUGCAAACCAAUGUUUAGUUGCGACGAUUAUAUUCGCUUAAAAAGAUGUUGCUGUCAUAAACUUCUUUUAGCAAAAUGGAAAGAAAUGUCGAGUUCUUCUUCAAUUAUCAGCUAUUCUAGUUUUUACGUUUUAAACGUAAUCUUAUUGUACAUUGUAAAUAGGUAUUUAUAUUAAAAAUUUAUAGUAAUUAUUAAUAAUAUAUUGUGUAAUGUUAUUUUAUUUAUGCCAAAGAAUGAAGCUUUGUUAGUUAAAUGACUUGAUGUUGUAUUAUUUUCUUAAUAAAAAAAGCUUAAGCAUA